AACACGACAUCCCAGAUCAAAGAUGUGACUGGUUUCCGUCUCAAACGCGAGUACCGCCAAGGUGGGACACCGGCAAUGAGUUCAAAGACACAGCCUGUUAGCCUCAACCAGGUAUGUAAUUUUGCCUUACCCUCCGAUGCCCAAGUGACGGGUAUAUUCCGUGACAGGUUGAGACAGUCGUGAGGAUGUGUUUGGCGAGGGCUGCGUGAGGCUCUUGUUCUCAAGGAAAUGUAAACACGAACACAAUAUUCAUCUACGAGCCUUUUGUAACACUACCGUCCAAUUGUCAAUGUCUUAACGUCCGGUACCUCACUUCCUCGUAGCCGAUGUAUGGCUUGCACUCAACCUCUAGAUGAAUUUGCAGUUGCUCAGAGUAGAAUUUUUCCUAACCCAAAUCAGUGUGGCUUACGCCUCGACGGUUUCCUCCCCUCUCCACAUCUAUGGUAUCACCGUCGAUUUCAGCAAGCCGGAAAUGAAUGUGAGGUCUGCUGAAGUACGGAUGGGCAAGUUGCAUUUGCGAAUUGAACGCAAAGCAGGAAACAGUUGGCAACAGACGUUUUCUAUACCCAUGUAAG